AACACACCCGAACGAUAAGGAAACUAUAAUACUUUCAUAUUUUUCCAAAAAGUUUAUAUUCAACAGAAUUGUAGAUUUCUGUAUUUUUCCAAACAAUGGCAACAGUUAAGACACCGAAAAAAGUUAAUAGGCAUGUUAUGAAGGCCAUCGAUUUCCUGCAAACGUCAAGAAGCCAUUAUGUACAUAUUGAGGCAAUACAGGAUCAAGUUAAGCGGUCCUUACGCUAUACCAAGCCUAUCAAUAAUUUGGACGACGUUGUUCAAGAUUCAUUAAGGAAGCAGACAGAGCUUGGGAUUUUAACGCGCUGCGGAUCUUCGAUGUACGCAAUAACCGUCGCGUUUCAGGGACUCCGUUCCCCAAAAACCAAGAAAAACAUGGCUCCUAAGCGAACUAUAGACUCUUUAACUGCAAACGAAAUAACCAGAGUGCGAAAAAUGCUUCGCGCCUACCAAAAGCCCUUGGUCAAGACGAAGCCGGGUGUAAUGCCUAGAGCAUUGUUGAAAAGGAAAAACCUUUUGAAUUUAACUGUCAGGUCUAAGAUAUCCUCCGGAAACAGUAAUUCAAUCAUAUGCGAUGCGCCAGGUUUGAAUAUAGACAAUUUUAUCGUACCAAAAAAGGUAAAUAGACAUGUCUUCAAGGCUGUGAGAUAUUUGACUCACAGUGAAAAGUACAAAUUUAUCCCCCUUGACAAGAUUAAAAUGGAGGUGAAGUGGACUAUGAAGAACCUUAGUCCUCUGAAAGACAUAGAAACAUUCAUUGAAUAUUCGCUCAAAAAUUUAAGCAACAUGGGAGUGUUGUCAGAGCGACUUGGCUCCUAUAGACUGAAUCGUGUGCAAUUAAUUCAAGCUGACUCCUCUUUUGAAAUCUUUGGCAAAGUCUCAAAAACUUUUCUUCAUGGAGCGGCAAUAGAUGAGCCAAAAUCAAUAGAGCCCAGUGGUGAUCCCUUCCAUGCGGCUCAGGUGACAUCAGAACCUCCCUCCCAGGACAAACAAUGUGCUGAUGAAUCGCAAAAUAUUUCAUGUAUGGAAGCAAGUGAAUUGCCUUUAGAUGAGCCAAUGUCAGAGGCAACUUCCUCCUUGGUUCCUAUAACUAUAGAUUUCAAAACAUCUAGUGGAGUGUUUGGAGCAGAACCUUAUGUCGAAAAUGCAUCUACAGAAUACUGUGGCAAACCGUACACCGCCCAGUCACUUGUGAUGGCUUCAGAAAAUAUUUCCUCCCAGGAAAUCCAUAAUGUUCAUAUAGCAUAUGGAAUGGGUUUCGGGCCAAAUUCGAUCGUUUCCUUCUCACAAGCAGCACAUCGCUUUCAUGAAUCAAGAUUACGAUCAAUAUUAAAUGGGUCUUUACCUUUAUUCCGUCGAGAAGCUAACAUGCCUACCAACAUUGGAGAACCAUUUUUCUCUUUGACUAGUCAUAUAGAUCUAAAUAUCAGGCAUAUUGAAGGCAUCUUUGGAACGGCUGCCAGUGUCGGAAAUACUUCUUUGAUAGAACCAAGUAACGGUCCUUUCCAUUCGCCUCUGGUGAACGCAGAAUCGUUUUUCGAGAAAAUACAAUAUGAUUCAAGCGAAAUUAUGGAUGAGCCGAUGCCACAUGGAACGCUAUCUUACCUUGAAGGAGUAGAAAAUUGCUUCCAAGCUGGUGUAACUCCGGAAUAUGCCAAUGCUGGAACCGAAGACGCUGAAAAGAUGCAAUUGUCUACCUACGUCCGAGCAGAUCAAUCUUCUUUCCUGGCUCCUGAUUUUACAGAUUUCAAUGCCGAAAAUGCCCUUCAGUUACCUCUGAUGACUGAUUCCCAUAGAGAAUGCGAAAUGGGUUUAAGGGCGCAUUCGCAAGAUGCAGAUGUUUCCUUCUCACAAGCAGCUCUACGCUUUCAUCAACGGCGGAAAUCUAUGUCAAAUGGGCCUCCAAUUUUAUUUCGUCCAGAAGCUAACUCCGAUACUGAUGACACAUCUUACCUUGGAGGAUUAGAAACUUGCUUCCAAGCUGGUGUUACUCCGGAAUUCGCCGAUGUUGGAACCGAAGACGCUGAAAAGAUGCAAUUGUCUACCGACGCCCGAGCAGAGCUAUCUUCUCUCCAGGCUCCUGGUUUUACAGAUUUCAAUACCGAAAAUGCCCUUCAGUUACCUCUGAUGACUGAUUCCCAUAGAGAAUGCGAAAUGGGUUUAAGGGCGCAUUCGCAAGAUGCAGAUGUUUCCUUCUCACAAGCAGCUCUACGCUUUCAUCAACGGCGGAAAUCUAUGUCAAAUGGGCCUCCAACUUUAUUUCGUCAAGAAGCUAACUCCGAUACUGAUGACACAUCUUACCUUGGAGGAUUAGAAACUUGCUUCCAAGCUGGUGUUACUCCGGAAUUCGCCGAUGUUGGAACCGAAGACGCUGAAAAGAUGCAAUUGUCUACCGACGCCCGAGCAGAGCAAUCUUCUCUCCAGGCUCCUGGUUUUACAGAUUUCAAUGCCGAAAAUGCCCUUCAGUUACCUCUGAUGACUGAUUCCAAUAGAGAAUGCGAAAUGGUUUUAAGGGCGCAUUCGCAAGAUGUAGAUGUUUCCGUCUCACAAGCAGCUCUACGCGUUCGACAACGGCUGAAAUCUAUGUCAAAUGGACCGCCAACUUUAUUUCGUCAAGAAGCUAACUCUGAUACUGAUGACACAUAGUCAUCCAAAGCAUAAAAACAUCAUAGAACCCGUAUAAGCAGCAUGUAAAAGAAAAUUUCCGUUGUAUUUAAAUUUAAAAUUGAUUAAUAGCAAUCGAAACCUACCUUUGCUUUCGAUAUAUCGAUA